AACAACUCUGGAGAUCUACUAAGUAUCAUCAAACAAGAGGAAGUGUUAUCCCAGUAUGAUUACGUGCUAGAGCUAUUGCUAUUCACUGUGCAUGAUCAAGUAAUAGUAGGAAGAUGUAAGGCUUCGCAUUACACUUACAAGGAUGGACGUCCUGGUCUCUUAGAGAUUUCGGGAAAAUGACGGUUUCGUCUGUGGCUUCUAGUACACGCGCACGCCGAAGCCCACCUACAGUGGUGGCGCUGCUAAGAUUUAUGAUGAGGUAAUGUUAUUUCCACUGAGUUGUUUAAAAUCACCUGACAUUGAUGAUGUAAUGCUAUUUCCACCUGUUAUUUCCAGUUAUCUAAAAUCCCUCAGUGGUGCUCACUCGGUAUGUAAGUUUUUAAGUGGGUUUUUUUUUGAGUAGUUGAAUGGGAGGCAGCAUGUAGUCCAAUGGAAAAAAAAAAUGUGGACCGAGGUCCGGGGCAAGAGACGGGGAUACCCACUUGAACUCGAACUGAGUUAAUACAGCUAUGAGUUAGCCGCACCAAAGAACAACUGCAGCUCUGUUUUUCUUUCUCUACAAGAAAAGAUCAUGGGUUUUGGAAGUACAAUGAUUCAUUUAUAUUUCUCUAGUACUAACUUUCAUAUCCUGGCACGUAGUAAAAUUUGAGGAAGGUAGGUUCCGUUGCGCAUCGUCUCCCCUCAAUUUCUUGUCCUCGCUGCUAGGUUUUAAACUUACAAGUCAUCUGGUUUCCUCUAAUGCCGUAACUGCUGCCGCAUUUUCUUGGCUCAUCUUCAAUAGUCACCAGACUGCGAGCGGAACUACAUCGUCAGCACCCUCAGCGCUCUCCAGUGUGGUAACACUGUUGAAGGAGCUUCGGAAACGUGUAGACACCGAAGAAGGGGACAGUGCAAAAGCAUGGGCAGCAGAAGAUUAAGAUGCACUAUAGUAGUUAAUGUUCAAGAACGACGAGGAGCGGUUGUAGUCGCUCCGGAGGACAGCUGUUGCACCACUAGCCAGUCGCUACUAGACCUACACGUAGACUUCUGGUAGAGCUAGAGAGUGUCCUCUCUUGUUCGUCGUCCCUACCAGCCAGUAUUACUGGCUUCAUCUCUGAGAGCCAUUUUGUACUAGUUCAUGAUCUAGACGUGGCAAUGUUGAACGAGACACCUACUUACUUCUAGUUUUGCUGCGUUCCCACCUUCUAGACAAGACGCUAUCUAGACAUGGCAAUGCUGCAGCAUCUCUAAGAACCAGAGCUGCUUCAUGGGAGACAGGAGGAGGCGAAGCGGGCUGUGGACGUCUCAGGCGCUGACCUAGUAGAAACCACAUCCCUGCUUGCCAAUUACGAUAUUGUAGAAGUUGUAAGUAGGUAGAAGUUUCAAAAAUAUUAGAAGUUGAUGUAGAAGUGGUGCUAUUUUUGAAGAUUCCUUGAGUUCGGUAGAAGUGCUACUGCAACCUAACCUAACCUAACCUGGCCAAAACCAAAAGUAAACCUAACCUAACCUAACCUAACCUGGGCAAAAGUGGCGCUGAUUCCUCGUUAUAGUCAACGGCGCGACUUAGUCUAGUCAAAGCUCUGUUAGAUGAAAUGGCAAUUCCUAGUAGAAGAGGGGGUGCUAGAAAUUAUUUCUCGUUGUAGGCUUCUUGUAUCGUAGAACUGGAAGUGUUACAACUUCUCUGUUGUGGACUUCUAUUGCAUUGUCGUGGAAGAGGAAGUUUUUAUCGCAAUGGAAUUACGUGAUCUUCGUACAUGUUGAUGUUGUAGGAAACUUCUAAAUGGUCGUAAUAUUCUUAGAAGUCGCCUCUCUCUCGAUUAAACAAUAGAUGGAUCCGUUCGUCUAAGUAAAGCGCAAAGAGGAAGUCGCAGUCGCAACAAAGGAGCUAGGUACGACCGCCAGCGCCUUGGGAGCGGGCGAGGCGAACCAAAACGCUGAACAGAAGAAAUGCCUGGCGCAAUCUCAGAAAUUCCGCAAGGCCUUCCAGCGCAUCGAGAAGUCACUGGCGUCGGUCGACGCAGCAAGACAAAAACUCCUGUCAAAGCUUGAGGUAUGGAGGAAGUUUUGUUUUCAGUGCUAGCAAGCUUACAUCUGCAAAGAAACGCUCAUCCACUUUUAUUGAUAUUAAUAUUUAUUUUGUCGAGAUGAGAACAAGUUCGUUGAAGUUGUACAGUUGGAGUACGCUACAAAAGAUCGACGUAUAACAAGAAGUUCAACGAGAAAACGUAGGAGAAGAUAUGAGGAGUCUCGUCUAACUCAAAUGCGCGAGAGUACAGCGGAAGCAGCGGAGGGUCUUCGACGUGAGGCAGACGCGAUCUUGCUGGAACGGCAGCAUCGAGCUCUCUUAGCGCGGAAACAGGAAAUCACACGCCAGGCGAAUGCUGCUGCUAGCAGUAGGAGAGAGCAGGAGGCCAAUAUCCGUGAAGCCGAACUAAAAGCAUGGGCUCUUGACGACAGAGCUGACGAAGUGGAGAAGACUAGAACGGGAUCUUUUUAGGUGAAAAAUCUCAAGCAUAGUAGAACUAGUUCUGGAAUAAAGUAGAUAAGUGCUAGCUGAAGACUCUUUGCUGGUCUCUCCGUUGAUCACCGUCUAGUACUCUCAUGACUAUUGGAGUCUUGUUUUUGGGGUCUUAGCUUCUUGCUGGCGCAUCAAUUAUGCAAUGACUUCACGAAUUCUUGAAUUUGUGUCCUCGUUAAAGACAACAAAUCCUCAUACAUUGGUCUGCAGUUGUUGUCCCAAUCCAUCCAUCUUCAUGACAACGCUGCUCCGGUCCAGAAACAAAAUGUAGCGGCCACUUCGUUCCUGCAACAAAUGAUAUGAACACUUGGGCUACUUCGUAAUUGAAAUUUCAUGCACAGUCACAUUCAUUUCAUGUAAUUCCCUUGCUUCGUUCCCAUUCCUUUUCAUGACAAUCCGCCACGGCAUCAGCUGCCAUCAAGGAGUAGUUUAUAGAACGGAUGUAGGAUGGACUUGGAUGGAUCGGAUGAACCCCCCUGAUUCUUCCGCUCUGUUACUUGAAAUGGUGGAAAGUCCAUCCGUUCCAUCCGAUCCAUCCCAUCCCGGAUCUGGCACCCCUAUAAACUGCUCUACGGGGUAUAAAUAUAAUUCCCCUGCUUCGUUCCCAUUCCUUUUGUUUUUCAUAAUAAUCCGCCACGGCGUCAGCUGCCAUCAAGGAGUAGUUUAUAGAACGGAUGUAGGAUGGACUUGGAUGGAUCGGAUGAGCCCCCCUGAUUCUUCCGUUCUGUUACUUGAAAUGGUGGAAAGUCCAUCCGUUCCAUCCGAUCCAUCCCAUCCCGGAUCUGGCACCCCUAUAAACUGCUCUACGGGGUAUAAAUAUAAUUCCCCUGCUUCGUUCCCAUUCCUUUCGUUUUUCAUAAUAAUCCGCCACGGCGUCAGCUGCCAUCAAGGUGUACCAAGCUCCUGAGAAAGACGUGCCAACCACAGCGGAUCGCGUGCUCAAAUUAUUGGGGGAUAUGGAAGAAAAGCUUCAAGUUAAAACGGGUUUCCAAAUUACAUCCUCCACUACCAUCCAUGGCCUCUUUUCUAGUAGGAAAAAGGCAAAGGAUGUUCUGGGGGGUGUAAUUCUGCAGCCUCUAAUCAAGAGGAGAAAAAACAAAGACUGGAGGAAGAAAAUGAGCGGUCUCAUGCAUGUGACGCUUCAGUGUCUCUCUUGCGCAACCGCAAUGAGCUACUUUAUGAGAAGCGCGCACUUAAAUAAUGUUGUUGUGGCUCGUACUAGCGGCAAGUGAACCACUUUUGGAGAGUGUGAUGAUGGAUCAUAAAAAUAGCAAUAAAGUUCUCACUUCUACUCCAAACCCAACGACAAUUCUAAGUAUUUUCUUGCUUGUCGUCGUUCUUGUUCUUGCUUGACUUCUACAUCUCACACCCAACUACUCGUCCUUUUUUCUUCAUACCCACCGGAAGCGCAAGAGCGAUCUCGAGCAGCAGCGCGCUGAGAAAUCUGGCGCAGUUGGCGUCUUAGAAACGGAGAAGGAGGAAAAAGCUGCCAUUCUAGCCCAGUCAAAGGAGGCAGUGCGUAAACUGAAGGCUGAAAUUCGUGCACGCACAGCAGAGUAUGAGAAAACGCAGAAGACUCGUGGAGAUGAAGCGGAGGUUCUGGCCAGCGCCCUCGGACUUUUGGAGACUGAGGUUAAGGACCAUGUACUUAGAUUAUUUUCCAAUUUGCUUUCGCAUCUACUAUAGUGUCUACUUAACUAGUUUGCGAGUUAUCUUGAUAAGUAAGUAGUCAUCUUCAUCAAGUAGGACGGAAAGCUUAAGCUUUAAUAGCGCUAUCAUUUCCACUGCAAUUAUAAGAUCUCUCCUCCGAUUUGAAAUGGAAGGCUCCCGUAUAACUCUGCUAAGAUUUAGACCUACAGCUAAUGAUGAUCGCGAUCUACUUACAGAGGCGAAAGAACAGGUUGAGGCAACCAGGACCGAGGAUAGUGCAGACUCCAACGCCAGCGACAGCUCUGAAGAGACUACAGAAUCACAAGGCGAGAGUCUCAAGUCACUACAAGACUCCGACUCUACUAUUAAGGCUCAACUUUCAACGGUCACCAUUGAGAUUGGGGUCACUGAGAUCGAAGAGGCGACCCCUUCUUGAGAGAAUCAACAGGGGAAAUAAACGAAGGGAAAGGGGAGAGCUUUGAAGCGGGUCUCUUCCGUUCAGAGUGGUCAGUGACCAAUGAGUGCCGAGCUUUAAUACUAGUAGAAGUCCCAAGUCACUGCAAGACUCCGAAGAUGCGAACGAGUCUUCUGGUGCUUCAAGAACUGAAGGCGAAGAGCAAUCUGAGCAGGACGCUGAAAAAGACGACGUGGAAGACACUGCGACAGAGCAAGGUGAGUCGAUGACGUCGACUUCAGGUGCAGAAGAAGAAGUAAACAAGGAUGCUAAACAGGAUGAACGAAAGGCGAGGAGGAAGCUCAAAGUUGUAGAGCAAAAUAGACGAGGAGGUGAGAAGAAGAACAGAACAUCAUCCUCGAAAAGUGCCUCAUCCUCGUCUGACAGCAAAAGAACUAGGAAGACUGACAUUAAGGAUCGUGUGGGAAAUCCAUCAUAUCUAAUCAUCUGAGAGAGAGAAGAAAGCAAGAAGUAUUACUUAUAGUAUUUAACAGUUGUUCCCCUUGAUGUAUGAGUAUUGACUACUAAUGACGAAAAGCCAUUGCAUUCGCUUCUACCUGAGAGGGAAGAAAACAAGAAGAAUAAGAGAUCCAGAUGAUUCGUGGGAUGGAUUUCCUACGCCACUAAUGGGAGGCGGAGGCGAGAGCGGAGAGGUGGAAAGAAACUAAGACUGCUCGCAUCGCGGUGGUCGAGCACCUCUUCAUUCGAAGACGGAGGAUCACCCGACGCUGCUGCGUCAAGCCUUGUCGAUGGUCUUUUUUCUUCCUCGGUUUUUCUACAACAACAGUUAAGGCUUGAUGUUUUUACCCAAGUAAUGAAAAUGAUCCAUCUUGACAACGAACCGUUCUUUCAAGAUGAAUUAAGUUUAAGCUGUCCAUCUUGACAACGAACCGUUCUUUCAAGAUGAAUUAAGUUUAAGCUGUCCAUCUUGACAACGAACCGUUCUUUCUAGAUGAAUUAAGUUUAAGCUGUUGAAUAGCUCCGCUUCCUCUAAAACAGCAGUCACGCAACAAUAAGGAAGUCCUGCUUCGAGCCGCAGCGUUUCUGCGGGAACAGACGGCGGGCAAACGCAACGCAGUAGCCUUUCUGGCUGAAGAAUUGCAGAGUAACGCAGAAAAGGGCGAUGGUGCUUUUGUUAUGGUUCUAGGGGUUGUUUUUCAUUUUGUGCUUACUAAAUGUAUUUAGAUUGAUUUAGAAGUAAAACUAAAAGUAGAAACAAAUAUAGGAGCCACAAUGCCUCCAAGAAUGAUGACAAUAAGGGCCUCCAUCAUCUCCUGUGUGUACAUGUUGAUGAUGUCCGUCUCCCUGUGUUUUCGACGCUUUCAAGAACUCCUCUAACGGCGACAGAAUCAAGGCGAUGCUGUCCGAUACCAUUCACCGACUGAGCAAGGAAGCUGCGGCAGCUGCAAACAAGGAGCAGUGGUGUGUGCGCGAAAUCGGCAAUAAUAAGGCAGACUUGCAAGACAUAGAGGAACGAGAGAAGGACUCGAAAGCCAGAGCUGAGGAAAUGCAAAGUACUAAGUACUACUUGGAUAUAUUCAAGAAAAUGAGAUCGAAGCUGUUCCUUUUACUUGUUCGGUUUGUGUUCUACACCGCCUCGAACAAACAGUUGUUCUAUCCAAGUUGAGUAGAGGAUUGUGUGUCUUCCUGCUAGUCUUACUAUUGCUUCGUAUGGUGCAGCCGCUGUGUAGCCUUGUCCACAUGCACUGUAUCCGAAACCUAACCUAACCUAACCCUCCCUGCCCGUCGUGGGUCUGCUCCUCCUCGGUUUCUACUGUUUACUACCUCCGACCAUUCCUCCCCCUCUUUCCUCUCUCCUCUGCGUUACUUGUUACGUUGACUAAUGUGUAACAGGUCGUCUCGCUCAACUAGUAGCGCGUAGCAAGGAAUCGAAUAAAGACAAGCGGACCCGACAAACGCUCUGGCAGCAGCAGAGCAAACAGAGGAUGUUAAGGCAAGUGAACAGCUACUUGUACUUACGUACUUUUUUUUACUCGUCGAAUAAACAGUUGAACUCCGUGUUGACCGUCACAUCACAAGAUUCAUCUGAGACAACGGAGCAUUACUGCGUAUUCGUCUCUUUGGCAUACUACUGCAAGCUCAAAUCUCAAUCCCUACGAUACAACUCCUGGUGCUUCAUGUAGUUCUUGCUUCGUGAUACCUAGGCCUGAGGUAGUUUGAGUCGCGAAACAGCUGCCUAGCAAGAAAGUUACCUGUUGAUCCUGAUGAUGAAUUUCAGUAAAAACAUGAUGAAAAACUGAAUUUCAGUAAAUAAAUGAAUAUUAUGUCAUCUAAAAACUGACGACAAAAAGAGAAACUUGGAGGAAGCCGAAGAAAUGAAACGCGCAGGCGAGAAGAUCGCGCGAGCUCGAAUACUCCUACAGGGGUUCUACGGUGGUCAGGAAACUUCUUAUGUGUUUUUACCUUGAGCCAGAUAGAUAGGAGGAUACUUGAUGAUAGUUCGCUUUUCUAUCUUCCUCUGGUCUUUCUUUUUUCUAGUUAGGCCUGCUCCACCAUCAUGAUGAAAUUAAAAUUAUAUCUAUCCAAGACUCUUAUUUCUUCUUCUUCUUCGUACGCAAAAGCAAGGGGCGUCAGUCUGCUAUGUUUUGUUGUAGUUUAGCAGUUCUUUUUGUUGUAGCUUGGUGUGAAUGGUUCCGAUAUUUGGUAACCUGGCUGAUUCUGAUCAUACGGGAAAACAAGAAGAGAAUCCUUGUGAUCGAAUUCAGGCUACCAGAUACCGGAACCAAUGAUGGCGUCACCUUGUUUCCAAUUCCUGAGUCUAGCUGACGUCACCUUUUCAUAUCGACGGGAAAACCAGCGAGCUGUUCGCCCUGCUCGAGCGUUUGGAAGCAGACUACGCGGCCAGCCUGAUUGAAGCGACUGGGCGUGAAGUGAGUGCUUCAGCAGCGUUCGGUGAGGAUCGAUCAAAGUUUCAGACCGAGCAAGCAGCACUGGAUGUUAGAUUUACGGCGAUGAGGACAAGAAGGCUUUAGUGACUGAGGACAAGAAGGCUUUAGUGACUGAGGACAAGAAGGCUUUAGUGACUGAGGACAAAGAGGAUUCAUUGAGUCACUCACUCUCACGGUGACGUAGACUUGAUGGCACCUGUACCUUUUUGUCGUACUAGAUUAUCGCUAUUGUUGUUGUUGUUGUAGUGAACAUCAAUGAGUCAGUGUCAACUUAGUUUUUCUCAUCCUUUCUCUCUUGUUGUUCAUUGCUAUAUUAGUUGUAGUUUGAUGUUAUGGAGUUGGAGUACUCCAUAUUCUUCUAAUCAAGUGCAGCACUUGGAGGCAACGCGGGCUAAUGUCAAACAAGAGGCGUCGGAGAAGACCCGCGAUCUCGCCAUGCUGAAUUAUGAUGGUCAGUUCCUCUUAGUUGUACUUGUACACUUUGUUUCUUGUUUCGAAGCGUUGCGUGCAGCGCGUGGACCAACUACAAGGAACUCGAACCCUUUUUUAGUCCUUUUUAAUUACUUAUCUUCAACCCGUCUUUCAUUGUUUCAACAUCAGAGAAAUCGAGCGAAUUCAUUGGACAAGUAUCUAUUUUUGAGGGGGCCAAAUAACCUAAGCUUUACACACCAUUUAUCAUCUCCAAUCCACGAUGGGUUGUACCAUUAACAGUUUGCGAAGAUAAUAUUCAUAAACAAGGAUAGGCAUAGGCUCCUUUUUCUAACCAAGAGACGAAAAGGAUGGAGCUUUACAGCAGAGGGAGGAACUGGCAAAGCAAUGCGAACUAGUUCUCGGCAUCGACAAGAAAACCAAGGAGAAGCGGGAAAAGGAGAAACGAGAUCAGAAGACACGAGAUAUCGAAAACUUGAAGCUCGUGGUCGAAAUGCUUGGGUCGUGAACCAAUAUUUUGUGGUUCCAAUAAAUUUAUAGUUCAAUAUCAUGCAUACACCUUACAGAAGAAGUUGAUAUACUCAUGAUCAGUCCACAAACACAAUGGUUCUGGGGGUAACAAGUACAUUUCUUGGAUCUCCAUCUUUUUGCUUAUUUUUUCCUUCGACAGGUUGGUUCUUCAACUGAAGACAAGUGUGAGUGAAUAUUUUUGUCCUCAGGCGACGGGCCCUCUGGCCGCGACUAUAUACACAUGCGACUAAAAAAUGCGCCUCGACAAAAAAGUUUAGAUGUAUGCAGAAUCCUGCGACCUGAGCUCUAGUACAACAAUAUAAUUCAUCGUCCCGAAGACAUCAAAAGAACCUACAAGGAGCUUGCUCUUUCCAAUCCGUGGUGAACUUGAAUUCCUACUAAACGUUGUGUCUCCCUAGUAUGUUGAUUCCUCUUGCGUAGC